GGCAAUAAAAACGAUAAUGUUAAUUAGGUAAGAGAUUCUUUGGGUACACGAAUCACGAAUAUGAGAUACUACAUUGCUGUUCCUUGUCGCAGUCACAUAUAUUCUUAAAGUUUUAGUUGGGUUGGGGCCUUGAAGAGGUGAGUUUGCCGCAACAAUUUCGUCUGCCUCCUCGAAUCGUCUCCCUCUCUUGCAGGUGCGGUUGGCUCAUUGCCCUAAAGGUCUUAGAUUAAGGACUGGGGUUCAUCUGAGAUCAAGGAAAUCAAUUGCAGUAAGAUGGGUGAUGUUGCCAAGGAUUUGACUGCCGGGACUGUUGGAGGGGCGGCGCAAUUGAUAUGUGGUCAUCCUUUUGAUACCAUUAAGGUGAAGCUACAAAGUCAGCCGGCUCCCCUUCCCGGGCAGGCGCCGAAAUAUUCGGGUGCCAUGGAUGCUGUAAGGCAGACAGUCGCUGCAGAAGGCCCGAGGGGUUUGUACAAAGGCAUGGGAGCCCCGCUUGCGACUGUGGCUGCCUUCAACGCUGUGCUCUUCACGGUUAGAGGUCAAAUGGAGACAUUGGUGAGGUCUGAACCAGGUGUCCCGCUUACUGUGAGCCAGCAAAUCAUUUGCGGGGCAGGGGCAGGAACUGCCGUUUCUUUUCUCGCCUGCCCAACUGAAUUAAUCAAAUGCAGAUUGCAGGCGCAGAGUGCGUUAGCUGUAGCAGGUGGAGCUGCGGUGGCAGCAGUGAAGUAUUCCGGGCCAAUGGACGUGGCGAGGCAAGUCCUCCGGUCCGAAGGAGGCACGAGGGGCCUCUUCAAGGGACUGGUCCCCACUAUGGCUCGUGAAAUACCCGGAAACGCUGCAAUGUUCGGUGUGUACGAGGCCAUAAAGCAGUACCUUGCAGGCGGGCAGGACACUUCGGGGCUGGGACGAGGCUCUCUGAUUAUAGCAGGAGGACUGGCUGGGGCUUCCUUUUGGAUUUCUGUCUACCCCACCGACGUGAUCAAGAGCGUAAUCCAGGUCGACGAUUACAAGAAGCCUAAGUUCUCGGGCUCCAUCGACGCCUUCAAAAAGAUCUUGGCGUCGGAGGGAGUGAAGGGCCUUUACAAAGGAUUUGGACCAGCCAUGGCUAGAAGUGUUCCAGCAAAUGCAGCUUGCUUCUUGGCUUAUGAGGUUACAAGGUCCAGUUUGGGCUAAUAAUAUAAUGCCUUUCUUAACCAUUCAUUCUCAGCUUUUCAGCUAGCCAUUUCUCAUUCAACAAUUUAUUCUUAUUUCAUAACAAUUUUAUUCAAAA